AGCGCCCACCUGACGGAUUCAUCGUGUGUGUGAUCCGACCAUGAUCCAGACCGCCGCUCUCCUCAUGACUGUUGUUUCAUACGUUAUUUCAGAGGACUACUGCUACACUGAGCCGCACUGUGAUCCAUAUGCGUGGGGAGACAUGUUUUCAUCCUGUCAUCCUUUACUUGAAGAGCAUCACUCCCCCAUAAAUCUGGACCACCAGUUGGCCAGAAAUGAGUCUCUGGGCUCCUUACAUCUGGAGGGCUUCAAUGAGAUCCAACCAGGCCACUGGACACUUGAAAACGACGGACACUCUGUCGUGCUUCGGGUUGGCAGUGGCAUGUCAGUGAGUGGCGGAGGUCUUCCAGAUGUUUACCACACCAUCCAGCUGCACUUUCACUGGGGAGGCCCCGCUACAAACGGCUCUGAGCACACAGUGAACGGACGCAGAUACCCAAUGGAGAUGCACAUUGUCAACAUGAAGUCUAUCCAUCCGAACUUGACAGUAGCCUUAGACGACCCAACAGGACUUGCAGUUCUUGGAUUCUUUAUUGAUGUUGUUUAUGCAGACAAUGUACACUUUGGACACAUCUCUCAGAAGCUGUCCUCUGUAGCUUACAAAGGCCAGACUACUAGAGUAAAGCCAUUUCCGCUGAUAAGCCUUCUGCCGCAGCAAAACAUGAGUCAGUAUUUCCGUUAUUACGGCAGCCUCACCACCCCUCCGUGUUCACAAGCAGUUGUAUGGACUCUGUAUCAAGUCCCAAUCUACAUUUCAUGGUCUCAACUGGCUCAGUUUACCUCACAGAUCUUCUCCACAGAAGAAGAUGCAGAGCAGGUGACACCUCUGCAGAACAACUUCAGACACAUCCAUCCAACCUUCAGUCGCAUUGUUUCCAUAUCCAAAGACGCCAAACCGCUCUCAGGGGUGGCCACCUGUAUCCACAAGUCGGUUGUGUCUCUACUUCAGAUCAUUUUGCUGGGAAGCUUCAUGUCUGGCCUCUAG